GACUCCUCGGUAACCCGCAAUGGCCGGUGAAAGUCAUCCCCUCUGCUCUCCUUCGUUGUUCCCUGAAAAUUGUCGGAAAACAAUGGGGUUCGCGCGAAAACUGCCUCCUUCUUUGAACGAACAUGUUUAUCACUAAAAAACUCAAAAACUCAUUUCCUAACCUUUCUCCCUCGGAUUUCUCUCUCUUUCUUUCUCCAUUCCCGACACUUUCUUCUCAAGAAUUCUCCCCCACUAUCCAUCUUUUCUCGAAUGUAACAAUUUUACAUUUUUUUAAAAAAGAGGAAAAAAAAUGAUCCCCCCCAUCACAUCCCAACUUUUUUUUUUAAUUUUAAUUUUUUAUUUUAAAUGAUAUCUUAGUCUUCCAAAAAUUUUUUAUAAGUGAGUGUUCAAAAUUAAUUGAGGCAGGUGGUGGAGAUGAUGAUAUUUGGCGGCAAUAUUAUCAUAUUUAAAACAUACCAGGUUCGGAUAAUGAAUGGUUACAAAGUUUAGGGGUUGAAAUGAUCAACUGGAAAAUUGGAGAGGUUGUAAAAGAGGAUAAGUUUGGAGAAAUUCUGCAAAUUCUUGGGAUGAACGUAAUCCAAUGAAUUUGGGGAAGUAAUAUUGAUCAAAUAUAGAAGCAAAAAUGUUUUCUGAGGAGGAGGAAACUAGGGCUGGUGAGAAGAAGAACGUGGUUGUUGGGAUUAGACUUGAUAACCAAAGCAGGGAUUUGCUCAGCUGGGCUCUUGUGAAAGUUGCUGAACCUGGAGAUUGUGUUAUUGCAGUUCAUGUUACUCGGGGAUCCGGUAAUGCUUUGAGGGAGAAAAUGUUGUUUGAAGGAUAUUUAGAAGUAUAUGAAGGCCUAUGUUCUGUAAAGAAGGUAGCUCUUAUGAGUCAGAUCUUUAAAGGAAGUUCCGCUCGAAAGAUUUUGGUUAGAGAGGCAAAGAACUUUGCUGCUGUGGCUUUAGUUGUGGGUGUAAGCAAGCAAAGUUCUCUUGGUGGUUGGACUUCCACAGCUAAAUAUUGUGCCAAGAGAUUGCCUCCAACUACCAAUAUUCUGGCUAUCCACAAUGGGAAAAUGGUCUUCAGAAGUUGCAACAAUAUUCAACAACCAGGUCUCAAAGGUGAUCCAAAACCGAGUCUUGUUUUACCUGAAAAACCCACUUUCAAAGAAUGUCAAUCUGAAUUUGGUGAUUCUGAAGCUGGGACGGAGGCAUGCAGUUCUGAAGGGGUUCAAAGCUCCAGAGAUGAAUCAAGACAUGGUAGUGAAGACUCAAAGGAUGAGAUAUUAAGUGUUAUCAACGAAGAGAAGGGAGUUUCUUCUUGGCAAAAUUCUCCUUGCUCAGGAGAUAUUUUGGAGCAUAGGCCUGGUUGGCCACUACUCCGGAGACAUGUGUCAGCAAUACCACAAGCAUCUGACGCAAGGAAUAUGUCAGUGGUGCAAUGGGUAAUGAACCUACCAAGUCGUUCCAUGUACCAAAUUUCUCGAUGUUCAACUAUUGAAGAAGCUAAAAUGGAAAGGGAGGGAAGUGAAGAACCAGUUGAGAGUAACAGAACUCGUUUAUCAGUGCCAUGUGAGCUACAAAGAAGCCUGGAGAUGCUCCUGGAAACAAAAUCAUCUGAUUGCAAAUGGUUUGAUUAUGAAAUCCUUAAAGCUGCAACUUCUCAGUUUUCCUCAGAAAAUUUGAUUGGAAAAGGAGGAUGUAACCGUGUAUAUAAGGGGAUCCUUCCAGAGGGCAAGCCAAUUGCAAUCAAGAUCCUGAAGUCAUCCAAGGCAUGGAAGGAUUUUGCCAAUGAAGUUGAUGUCAUCUCCUCAUUAAAGCAUAGACACAUCAUGCCUCUAAUUGGGCUCUGCAUUGAAGACAAUGAUCUUCUAUCAGUUUAUGAUUUCUCAUCUAAAGGAAGCCUAGAAGAGAAUCUACGUGCCAAAGAUAAACAAGCCCUGUCCUGGGAGGUUAGAUAUAACAUAGCUGUUGGGAUUGCUGAAGCCCUAAAUUACCUACAUAACGAGUGUUCUCAACCAGUAAUUCAUAGAGACGUUAAGUCUUCAAACAUUCUUCUUUCAGAUGAUUUUGAGCCUCAGUUAUCUGAUUUUGGGCUAGCGAUAUGGGGACCAACUACUUCAUCCUUUCUGACCCGAGAUGAUGUUCUUGGAACAUUUGGUUAUCUUGCUCCUGAAUAUUUCAUGUAUGGUAAAGUAAGUGACAAGAUUGAUGUCUAUGCUUUUGGUGUUGUUCUACUCGAACUGCUAUCAGGAAAAGGACCAAUAGGUUCGGAGACUCCUAAAGGUCAAGAAAGCUUGGUCUUGUGGGCAAAGCCAAUUAUAGAGAGUGGGAAUAUCAAAGGCAUACUGGAUGCUGACUUGGACAAAAACAUCAAUGAGCUUCAAAUCCAACGAAUGGUUCUUGCAGCAAACCUUUGCUUAAGUCAAUCCUCUAGGCUUCGACCUAAGAUAAGUGAGAUACUGAAGCUCUUAAGAGGGGAUCAAGAUGUUGAAAAGUGGAUCAACUUACCAAAUGAGAACACAGAAAACCAAGAUGAUGAAAAUGAUGACGAAGUUUAUCCAAAUUCAAGCAAAGAGUUACAUUUAGGCCUUGCAUUGCUCGAUGUUGAUGAUGAUUCUACAUCAUUUAGUAGCAUGGGGCAAAGUACUAAUCUCUCCAAUGAGGAAUACUUGAAAGAAAGAUGGAGCAGGUCAUCAAGCUUUGACUAGCUUCUUUUUGUUUCACAACCGAAUUGCUACGAAAAGUAGGGGUACUGAAUAUGUUUGAACCGAUACCGUUGAGAAAAAAUGGAAGAGAGAAACUGCACCCCCAUGCUGAGGUGUUUGUAGAUUUAGAUUUUGUUAAAUGGUAAUAUAGUAAUAUUUAACUU